CGCGACUCGCGGUCGUUUAGGGAUUGGCAUCGGUGUGUUGGUUCGCACUAGGCAAUCAACCACCCAGACCAUCCACCUAUACUACCUACGUACCUACCUAUCUACCUACCUAUCUACCUUCCUACCCUUUUCCCACCCCUCGAUGCUUCCAUAUACUCUGACUCAACCCCCCUUGCGGACCCACCGCCGAACCAUGUCGACCAUAUCGGGGAACGACCCAUGAUUCUCCGUGAUGUGGCUGUGGACAGGAGAGAUAGCUGCUCUGGCAGCCAGUCGGGCAACAACCUCUAUAUGCGCAUAUACACCGAUAGACGUCCACACGUAUAACAAACCCCUCGUACACACGUACACGCGGUACAUGUACACGCAGCCACGGACACCAGUGCACGAGUACGCCCUUCCCGACGAGAGGGAGAUGAGUAGGUAUGCCGAGGCUCCGAAGCCACCCCGUCACGGAGAAUGCUUCGGGACUUUGUGCGACCAUCUCGGCGCCGUGUCGGGACCACGUCGGACUGGGCUAUACGUCAUUCUCUGGCGAUGUUCGACUUUUGAGUAGCUGCGGAGGAGAUGGGCACAGGAGACAGACUACUUGAUAUACUGUGUGAUGUAUGCGGUGACCGUAGUUCCGGAAAACACUACGGCAUCUACAGUUGCGACGGUUGUUCGGGAUUUUUCAAACGAAGUAUACACAGCAAUCGGGAGUACAUCUGUAAGGCUCAAGGUGCCAAGAAAGGACGUUGCCCAAUUGACAAGACUCACAGAAAUCAAUGCCGUGCUUGUCGUCUUGCUAAGUGUUUCGAAGCUAACAUGAACAAGGACGCAGUGCAGCAUGAGCGCGGACCGAGAAAACCGAAGCCCCACGCUAUUAUCUCGGAGAAGCAACAUCAGCAACAAUCGCAAAUCGUUCCGCAAUUGACUCCGCAUUCUUCGGCCCCGGUGCACAAUGAUCGAUUGAGACCUCCGUUAGCUCCUCCGUACGUUCUGUCGGCGCACAGAAGGUUAAGGUGUGACCAAAGAUUCACGCCUUAUCCACGACCGAUGGCGCUGGUACAGAAACCGCCGGAGGAGUCCCCGUCCCCCGUGCCGCUGGUACUGCCGCACCCUCGCACGACCACAACCCUCUACCAGGCCGCCGCGACUGUCUCCCUAACGCCGCAGCCUCCCCUUCUUCAGAUACUAAUGUCCGCCGAGGAAUGUCAGGAACUGGUUUGGAACGCGCGAUUGCAACCCACGACGGAAUAUUCGAUGGAACAGAUGGAGACGGAAACGAGUCAGAGUCCGACGGGAACCGUGCAAAGCUUCAGUCCGACUUGGGAAAUGUUGCAGGAAACAACAGCCCGACUGUUGUUUAUGGCUGUCAGAUGGGUGCGAUGCCUACCUCCCUUCCAAACGAUAUCGAAGGACGACCAGCUGUUGCUACUGGAACGAUCCUGGACUCAGUUGUUUCUCCUGCACCUGGCGCAGUGGUCCGUUUCCUGGGACAUCACCGCGCUUCUGGAAGACGAACAAGUGCGCGCUAGACUUCCCACAGACGAUAAUCCUACGAACCAAGAGCUCGUCCUUAUUCAGGCGAUCAUAUGUCGAUUCAGGCAACUCUCUCCCGAUUUCGGCGAGUGCGGUUGCAUGAAGGCGGUGGCUCUGUUCACGCCAGAAACAGUAGGUCUGCACGCGGUCCAACCCAUCGAGAUACUGCAGGAUCAGGCGCAGCGUAUCUUGGUCGACUACACGAGGUCACGUUAUCCGCAACAACCGGGUAGAAUCGGAAGGCUGAUGAUUCUGGUCGGAUAUCUGCGAUGCGUCUCUUCCAAGACGGUCGAGCGUUUGUUCUUUCACGAAACCAUCGGGGAGAUACCGAUUUCGCGUUUGCUCGUCGAUAUGUACCAAAUGGAGAAAUAUAUCAAUUAAAGAUAUCGCAUACACACACACAUACACACACACACGUCUUAUCGUACACACUAUAAAUGUGCAUUGAGACUAGAGAGAGAAGGAGUUCGCAGCUUUUUCGAAAUCCCUCUGACUCUUUCACUCGUAGCAACGGCAGAAUAAGAGGAAAAAAUUAAGUUUUCAAAAUCCAAUUCAAGUUUUCGAAAGUAAAACGACAAAAUUUCUCGCGCUUAAUUUUUCUUCCCGCUUUUGUUUUACAUUUACAAAAUCGCGUAGAAUAGCGUUGCUACUCCGCACAUCAAUUUUUCGAUUGCUUAAAGUUUCCAUUUCGACACUUUUGACACUGUUAAAGAGAAUCAUACUCUGUCCCUCUUAGGAUAUGAUUUUUAUAGAGAACUGUAUACUUUAUACACGCGAAAGAAGGAUUUUUAGAUUAGAUUUACGUAACAUUAUGUUUGUUGAGUUGUUUUUUUU